AUGUGUUUCUUGUUGAGUGUAGCAAACGAAACGGAGCAAUUGGAGCAUAUCUGUUACCUAGGAGGAGAAUUGAUAACACGGUCGAGCGUCGAUAGAGAAGAUCAAAGGAAUUGUAGAGUUCCUUAUGAGCGAUUUUUCUACCCUACAGAUGCUGGGAAACAGCCUGUUAGUGAAGAAGAAGAAGCUAUUUACAGUGAGGCUGACGAUGGUAAACCCAAGCCAUUACCUGUGGCUGAGUUUCCAAAAUACUUCAAGAAAAAAUCAGAAAAUGGUGCCAUUGUGUUGCGAGAGGAAUUUAAGUAUUUACCAGGUGGGAUGCAAUUUGCUUGGGAGAUUGGCAAGAGUAACAGAGGCAAGAACCGUUAUGGAAACAUUGUUUCAUAUGAUCAUUCUCGCGUUUUGUUGGAGGAAAUAGAGGGUGACAAAAACUCUAGCUACAUCAAUGCAAGCUACAUUCCGACCUACGAUGAGGUCACCAUGACUUAUAUCGCAACACAAGGUCCAACUUCUACAACUAUCGCUGAUUUCUGGCGAAUGGUCUGGCAGGAAAACAGUUUCACUAUUGUGAUGCUUACAAACCUGGUUGAACUGGGAAAGGGCAAAUGCGAUCAGUAUUGGCCAGAUGAUACUUCCAAAUUUGGUGCUAUCACAGUUACCCUACACAAGACUGAAACAUUUGCCGAUUACGUCAUCAGGUCAUUGAUUGUGACAAAGGACUCAGAAAAAAGGACCGUGCAGCAGUUUCAUUACGUCACUUGGCCUGACAAAGGUGUCCCACAACAUUCCACAGCUCUACUUGGAUUUAGACAAAAGAUUCAUGCGAGGCACCAGGUUACUGGUGGACCACUUGUUGUGCACUGCAGUGCUGGUGUUGGUCGAACUGGCACAUACAUUGCUAUCGACGCCAUGUUGGAGAGUGCUGAGAAGAUAAAAACUGUGUUCAUACCGAAUUACGUGCAAGUCAUGCGUAGAUCUCGUCCUCAUAUGAUUCAGAAAGAUGACCAGUAUGUUUUCUUGCACCAAGCUGUGAUGGAAGCCUUGGUAUGUGGAAAUACAGAGAUUAUCCCUCAGGACCUACGAAUUGCGACAAACAAGCUUGCCAAGGUGCAUAAACCAUCCAAAAAGACUGGAUAUGAACGAGAGUUAAAGCGCUUGGAGCUUGUAACAGACGCCCACGCUUCUCAAGAAGUAGCAACGAACGCAUUUAUGCCCGCUAACGUCGUCAAGAACAGAUUCCCCAACAUUGUUCCGCUGGACAAUGCUCGAGUGCAUUUACAAGCGUCUUCACAAGAAAAGAGUUACAUCAAUGCCUCUUAUGUGGAUGACUACACACAACGUAAUGCAUACAUCCUGACACAAGCUCCGUUAGACUGCACCAUUAUAGACUUCUGGCUCAUGAUUUCUCAGUAUGAUAUUGGCACAGUUGUGAUGUUGAAUAACUUGGAAGAAGGAAAGCAGAGUUACCCACAAUACUGGCCAAGCGAGGGAUCUGCCAAGUAUGGUGAAGUCACUGUCCAGCUUUUGUCCCAAGAAACUUCAAACAAUAUCACUACCAGAGGAUUCAGCGUCGAUAAUGCAGCGGUACAGUUUGUUUGUUCUCGAAUUGUAAGGUCCCAUUUUUUCUGGUUAGUUUGGAGGAAACUUUUAUCUAUACCAACAAGAGGCAUUUAAAGAAGAAGAGAUUGUUUGAAUGAACACGAGAUUUUCUGAACGUAUUCAUAAUCGCGGAAUCUAGUGGUUGAAAUAAUUCCUUUUUGAUUUGUUUUUGUUUGUUUGUUCUUCGAAUUUCAAUGUUUUAUUCUACGUAAUCAAAUUAAUCCUGCGUGGAAAAUUGAUUUUUGUUCAUUACGGAAUGUGUUUGGGAACGUUACAGAAAAUCCCACGAUUCAAUUCACCACUAAGUUUAUUGUACAACAAGCAUUAAAAAAAAUAAAUCGCAAUGUUUUAUGAAAAAAAAAGUAAGUUCAUACUUUAUCUAAGUAUUUACAAGUUCUGCGAGGCUUCCUGACGAGUAAAGCAAGGAAUGAACGUUCUUAGGGGAUUUUGAGUUCUUAACGACAACAACAACAAAAAAGACCUGGCUAUGUGAUCACGUGGGACUAUGCGGCCCAUGUGAUAACUAAUUUAAAAUAACUUGACCUCGUGUUC